AUGUACGUUUCUCGCAUCGAUGGUCGGGUUCCACUUACGGAACUGAGCGAGAGUGAUACCACCAGCCUUCUUCUAGAUCUCAGAGCAGCCCUCACCAUCAGCAACCUUUUGAUGUACGCCGAGUUCAAGAGCGCACUCGUCGCUGAUGCCGCACUUGUCAUUGACAACACUCUUCCUGAUUUGGAGAACAAAUUUGCGCCUGUUCCUCCGAAGAAGAAUGAUUCAUGGUUGAACACCUUACUAGGUCUCGACGCCUUGGGUGUGCCAAUGGUUGGAGGAAAAUUCUUUGAUAAUGAUGCUCCCUCUCCUUAUGUCGUUCAUUUGGUUGCAUUUGUGGAUUUACUAAUUUAA